UUUUUACUCUCCUCAGUGAGUGACCUAACACCGAUAAAAAUGCUUACUUAAUGAUACUACUUGAUACUCGGUUCUUAAGUAUAUAUACUAAAAGUAUUUGGUUUCGAAAAAAAUUUAUAGAUAAAGUACAUGUAAUUACUCGUAUUAACAUCCCUACUCCCUGUUGGUCUGUGGCAUUAUUAUGUAUAGUCUAUGAUGGCAUUAAUUGACAGCGUCACAUCUGUGGUCACGUCAAUCUGAAGAAUCAACGAAGCUUCCAUUGAAUAUUCUGUAGAAACAGAUUUUUCUUGUUAGAAUUUUGGAUGGAUUCGUGUGUAUUUAUUAAUUGUUAGAUAGUCCAUCAAAGUGUUUUGUAGUAGUUAGUUAAAACAUUUGUCAUUCUGGAUUCCCAAAAGAGGACCUAUUUGGACAUCUACAAGAUGGAUCUGGCAGAGACUAUGAAGAGUGUAUUAGCAAAGAGCACUGGUGGAUCAAGUGGUGCCACUAGUUCGUCUAGUUCGGCGACGCCACACGGCGCCGAAGGAUAUGUAACUGAGAAAUUGUACAUGCUGUUGCAGCUUUAUUUACAGAAUAAAGGAUGGAGCCCAAGUAUAGAACUACUACAGUGCUUCAGUGAUUUGAAGGAGUCUUCUAUGCUUCCAAGUGCAGCUUAUUUACAAAUGAUGGCUUCAAGAGUAGGUUUAGACACACAAGGAAGACUGAUACUCCGUGAGAAUGGCAAAAUUAUUCUACCCUAUGAACAUUUUGCUAAUGCAGUAAUGUUAAAACAUAUGAAUGGACCCCAUGGAUUACAUCUUGGUCUUGAGGCCACAGUUAGAGCUGUUGUGGAAUCUUAUACAAUUGGCCGAGAACAAUUUGGAAUGGAAAAAGAGUUUAUCAUAGAGGUAGUGCAGAAUUGCCCUAACCCUGCCUGUCGCUACUAUAAGAACCAGUUGGAAAUGACACAGAAGACGAUACAGCAGCACCUGUCACAGCAACCAACAUAUAUACCAGAUGCUGGUGCAUCAAACUUAUCGGACAGCCAGGCUGUGGAACGUUUACUCCGAGGAACAGCUCUGGCACAAGACUACCAGCUCCCAAUCGCACCGCAUCUCGCCGCUCUCAGUAAUUUGACUAAUGAGAAAAGUGACCGUCGCAGUCAAGAUAAGCUUUCCCAACACCAACAGAUGCUUCUGCAACAUCAAAACAGGUCGCUUGGUCACCAGUCUUCGCUUGACAAGUACGCCCACUCUCAGCCGCGCUCCGCUUCCGCCACGCAGUCUGGUCUCGACACUAAAUCAAAGCAUCAUUUUACAGAUGAACACAAACUGACUGAUUUCUUGAGAGCAAACUUGGAAAGUUUGGAAUCUCUGUCGGGAGGUGGGGGCGGGAGUACUGGUCACAGCGAGCGGGGUAGCGGGGGCGCGGGCACGGGGUCUGGGACCACGAGCGGCGCGGGGGCGGGAGCGGGCGCGGCAGCGGGAGCGGGUUCGGGGGGCGGGCAGGAGCGCGUGGUGAGGGCGUUCGCGGAACUCGCACGCAACUUGCAGCGCAUGCGGCCGUGCGUGCGCCCUGCUAUGUUUUUGUUGGACACGAUUCAGUUGGUGCAGUCGCUACGCAGCUAUCUGCCUCCCCCACACAUUCAAGUCACUUCAUGGAAGAAUGAUGACAAAUUACGUUCAAAUAAUAUGGAGGAUUUGGAGAGCCGCAAGAUAGUGAGUGGAAACUAGCACCACACGUCUACUAGCAUCACAUAUUUACGGUCGUAUAUAUUUAUAUCUCAACCAGUGCAUAAAAGCAAUGUAAUGUUGUUUUGUUGGUUCUUCGAAUGAUUGGUUAUUUGUCUAUGGUUGUAAGUAAAUUAUAAUAAUUUUUGGAUCUUAUAUAAAAUAAAAUGGUAAUUCUCAGAUUGGUAUGCUACAAACGCUAAAAAUAAGAUUAGUUUGUAUACAAAUCAUCUGACGAGUUUUAGGCAAUUUUUAUUAGUGUGAUUAUUCUCAAUCUGACUGAUUUAAUAUCACAUAUUUUAUCAUUAAUUGAAUAAAAAAUGAAUAGCUCAGUUCACGCGUUUUUGGCAGCUUCAUAUGACUGUCAAUUGUGAAAUCAGAUUAAUUACAAAUAUGCGUUUCAAAAUGACAAAUUUUCGAAACUUGGUUUAUGUAUUAUUGUUUACGAGCUGCAAUAAUCUGUUUGCUUUUCUCAAUCGCUUUAUUUCUUGUUGGUGUUUUGUUGUUUUACUUUUUUUUUUAAUUUACAAUAGUUGUAAUUUUCUAUUGAUCACUGUUACAGUACAUUAUGAGACCAGUAUGCUAGUUUAUUGCUUUCUAUGUUACAUUAUAUUAAUUAGGAUUUAUUCUUGUUUAACUAUACCUAUAAUGUUUUGCCUUAGUUGUAAUAUGUUUCUGAUUUUUACUGUCGUAAGUGCAUUAUUUACACUGUGAUAGAGGUGUAAUAGGUAGGCCUGAGCGGAAUCUUGACACGUAUAUAUUAUUUAUGUAUAGGAAGAAAAUCAGUAUAAUUAAGGCUUGGAUCUCACCUCACUGUAACGUACACUUUAGUAUUUUACAAUAUCUUUGUCUCUUCCAUCGCGAGACAUAUCGUUUAAUAGCUUUAAAACAGUGUUUUCUAACAUUUUCUGGUCCGCUGAUAAUUUAAUAAUAAAUAAUACGGAAAUUGUUUACUAAAUAAACUAAUAUAGACCAGUUUUAUCUGCCCUUUUCCCAAUUAUUUGUUUGGGGUCGUCUCAAUGAGU